AUGGCUGAAACUGAGAAGUUGCGAAAGGAUGCGGAUAUUUGCCUAAGUGAUCUAAAAAAUGAGAAAGGAGAUGAAACGAAGAAAGAAAAAGAGCCACCAAUACCCCAGGUUGGCCCCAUUGAAUUGUUCAAAUUUGCUGACAAAAUAGAUGUUGCACUGCUUGUCUUUGGGACCAUAAUGUCUGUGGCCCAUGGCGCUAUCAUGCCUGUUAUGUGUCUUUUGUUUGGGGAAAUGACGGACAAUUUUGCAGAACAUUCCGCAAUAGAGGAAUUCAACACCACUCUCUAUAGUAAGUCAAAGAAACCGGAGCAAGCAAAUGUGACCUUAGGGGACUUCAUGAGCACCUUUGCCACCUAUUACUCCAUUUUGGGGGCCAUCGUAAUAGUGACCGCCUUCGCAGAAGUUGCUUGCUUUACGGUGUCAGCGGGACGACAGGUCAGGCGCAUCCGCAUACGUUGUUUCCACAGUAUCUUACGACAGGACAUCGGCUGGUUUGAUGUCAAUGACACAGGAACACUCAACACUCAUAUCAUAGAUGACGUCUACAAGAUCCAAGAGGGUAUUGGAGAACAAAUAGGGUUGUUUCUCCAGUCCUUUUCCACUUUUCUCCUGUCUUUCAUCGUGAGCCUAUUCAAAGGCUGGAAACUGACUCUGGUCGUCUUGGCUGUAUGCCCAUUGCUUGCUCUUACAGCUGCACUUUUCAGUCAGAUGGUGACAUCAUUCACUACUAAAGAACAGGCUGCUUAUGCCAAAGCGGGUGCUGUGGCUGAGGAGGUGCUUUCUGCCAUCAGGACUGUUUUUGCUUUCAAUGGACAGCAUAAAGAGAUCAACAGGUAUCAUAAGAACUUAGAGGAAGCCAAGAACAUGGGAAUAAAGGCAGCAGUAAGCACAAGCCUUAUCAUGGGCUUCACCUUCCUGAUGAUCUACCUGUCUUACGCUCUGGCCUUCUGGUAUGGAAGUACACUCAUUCUGAGUCAGGAGUACUCUGUUGGAACCGUGCUGUCAGUUUUAUUUGCUUUACUCAUUGGGGCAUCUGCUUUGGGACAGACCUCACCAACUAUCCAGUCCUUUUCCGGCGCCCGAGGAGCUGCAUACAAAAUCUAUAACAUUAUUGACAGAAAACCGACCAUCGACAGCUAUUCAGAAAGUGGCUUCAAACCUGACUCGAUCAAUGGAAAUGUAGAGUUCAAGAAUGUCCACUUUACCUACCCCUCAAGGCCUGACGUCAAAGUAUUAAACAACCUGUCCCUGACCGUGAAAACCGGACAGACCAUUGCAUUAGUGGGAAGCAGUGGUUGUGGUAAAAGCACCACCAUCCAGCUGUUGCAGAGAUUUUAUGAUCUUCAGGAGGGAUCUAUAUCUAUUGAUGGUCAUGACAUCUGUUCUCUCAAUAUCCGCUACCUGAGAGGAAUAAUUGGCGUGGUGAGUCAAGAGCCCGUCCUUUUUGGCACCACCAUAACUGAGAACAUCCGGUACGGCCGAAUCGACGUCACACAAGAAGAGAUAGAAACUGCUGCCAAGGAGGCCAACGCUUACGACUUCAUCAUGACCCUUCCUGAUAAAUUUGAGACGCUUGUCGGGGAUCGAGGGACUCAGAUGAGUGGAGGACAGAAGCAGAGAAUAGCAAUUGCUCGGGCACUUGUCCGCAACCCCAAAAUCCUUCUGCUGGAUGAAGCAACAUCUGCGCUCGAUGCUGAGAGCGAGACUAUUGUGCAGGCUGCGCUCGACAAGGCCAGACUGGGUCGUACAACCAUAGUUGUGGCUCAUCGUCUCUCAACUAUCAGAAAUGCUGAUGUGAUCGCUGGCUUCAAAAAAGGAGAAAUUGUGGAGUUUGGGACUCACAAUGAACUGAUGGAAAAACACGGUGUCUACUAUACUCUUGUCUCUAUGCAGACGUUUGAAAAAGCCAUAGAAAAGGAGCACGAUGAGUCGCUGCCCAUUGAAAAUUCCCCAAUCUCAGAAAAGUCUGAAUCUUCCCUAAUUAUGAGGAAGUCAACGAGAGGUUCUUCCACUGCUGGCUUAGAAGGAAAGAAAGAAGAGAAAGAAACAUUGGUGGAUGCAAAAGACAUAAUAGAGGAUGAUGAAAGUCUUCCCUCUGUGUCCUUCUUCUCAGUAAUGCGUUUGAACAGGUCUGAAUGGCCUUACAUUUUGGUUGGCACCAUCUUUUCUAUACUCAACGGAAUAGUCAUGCCUAUGUUUGAGAUUAUCCUCUCCAAAUAUAUUGUUGUGUUCAUCGAUCCAAAUCAAGAGGAGGUUAGAAGAAAAUCUCUAAUACUUUCAAUUAUAUUUGCGGUUCUUGGAGUUGCCUCUUUUUUUACUCUGUUUUUAGAGGGUUUCUGUUUUGGGAAAUCUGGAGAAAUCUUGACCAUGAAAAUGAGACUUGCAACUUUCACAGCCAUGAUGAAGCAGGACCUUAAAUGGUACGAUGAUCCCAAAAACAAUGUUGGGGCGCUCACAACUAGGCUGGCCCUGGAUGCGGCUCAAGUACAGGGGGCUACCGGAGCACGCCUAUCUACACUAGUUCACAAUAUUGUUAACAUGACCACCUGUAUAAUUAUUGCCUUUGUGUAUGGCUGGCAACUGACCCUGCUGGUACUGGUGUUAGUGCCAUUCAUGAUAGCGGCUGGAGUCAUGCAGAUGCAGAUAGUAGGUGGACAAGCUGCUGAAGACAAGAUUGAGCUGGAGAAAGCUGGAAAGAUUCUUACAGAAGCCAUCGAGAACAUCCGUACUGUUGCAUCUCUGACCAGAGAACCAAUGUUUGAGACUUUGUAUGCCGAAAACCUCGAAGUUCCAUACAAAAACUCACAGAAAAGGGCCUGUCUGCAGGGCUUUGUCUUUUCCGUAACACAAGCCAUCCUGUGCUUUGCUUAUGCAGCAUGUUUUCGGUUUGGAGCAUGGCUUAUUGAAAAUGGACACAUGGACCUUGAAGGAGUGUUCAUGGUGACUAUGGUGCUUCUUUAUGGCGCUAUGAAUAUUGGAGAGGCAAAUUCCUAUACUCCAAACUAUGCAAAGGCUAAAGUGUCCGCUGCUCAUAUCAUAAAGCUACUGAAAAGACGGCCUGCGAUUGAUAAUCUUUCACAGGAGGGAAAAUCAUUGGACCAAUUUGACGGGAACGUACAAUUGGAGAGUGUUAUGUUUACCUACCCUUCAAGGCCCAAUGUGCCUGUCCUCCAAGGGCUGAAUUUGAAAGUGAGCAAGGGAGAAACCCUGGCCCUGGUAGGAAGCAGCGGUUGUGGUAAAAGCACCACCAUCCAGCUUCUGGAGAGGUUCUACGACCCCAUGCGAGGAAAAGUGAUGCUCGAUUCUGUAAGUGUGAAAGAGCUGAACAUCCACUGGCUGAGGUCUCAGAUAGGCAUUGUGUCCCAGGAGCCUGUACUCUUUGACUGCAGUUUAGCUGACAAUAUUGCCUAUGGAGACAACAGUCGGACUGUUACUAUAGAGGAGAUUAAGACUGCUGCUGAGGCAGCCAACAUUCACAGCUUCAUAGAAGAUUUGCCAAAGAAAUAUGACACUCAGGCAGGCGACAAAGGGACCCAGUUGUCAGGAGGUCAGAAACAACGAAUAGCCAUUGCCCGAGCCAUCAUCCGCAACCCUAAACUUUUGCUUCUGGACGAGGCCACGUCUGCGCUAGACACCGAAAGUGAGAAGGUGGUACAAGAGGCCUUGGACAAAGCCAGGCAGGGCAGGACGUGUAUUGUUGUCGCCCACCGUCUCUCCACCAUCCAAAAUGCAGACUGCAUUGCUGUCUUUAAGGGAGGGGUCGUUGUCGAACAAGGGACACACCAGCAGUUGCUAGCCAAAAAGGGAGUCUACCACAUGCUGGUCACCACUCAGAUGGGCAAUAUCCAUAAGAUCCAAGAGGGCAUUGGAGACAAGAUGGGGAUGCUGAGCCAGUCUUUUUCCACCUUCAUACUAUCUCUUGUUAUUGGUUUCAGCAAAGGAUGGAAACUGAGUCUGGUCAUCUUGGCCGCCUGCCCCUUACUGGGCUUGUCAGUCGCACUUUUUUCAAAGGUAAUCGCAUCUUUUACUUCUAAAGAACAGGCUGCUUAUGCCAAAGCAGGUGCAGUGGCAGAAGAGGUGCUUUCUUCCAUCAGGACUGUGUUUGCCUUCAAUGGGCAGCAGAGAGAGAUCAAGAGGUUUGUGCCAGUUUUAUUUGCAUUGCUCAUUGGCGUGUUUGCAUUGGGUCAGACUACGCCUUACAUGGAGGUCUUUGUCAUUGCCCAAGGAGCUGCAUACCAAGUGUACAGCAUCAUUGACAAUAAACCGAGCAUCGACAGCUAUUCGACAAGUGGGCUCAAGCUUGACUCAAUCAAAGGAAAAAUAGAGUUCAAGAACAUUCAUUUUAACUACCCCUCAAGGCCAGAAGUCAAAAUAUCUCUUGACGAUCAUGACAUCCGUUCUCUGAAUACACGCUUCCUGCGAGAGAUUAUUGGUGUGGUGAGUCAAGAGCCCGUCCUUUUUGCCACCACCAUAGCUGAAAACAUCCGAUAUGGCUGGACUGAUGUGACUCAGCAAGAGAUAGAACAGGCUGCCAAGGAGUCCAACGCUUACGACUUCAUCAUGGCUCUUCCCGAUAAAUUUGAGACGCUGGUCGGGGAGCGAGCGACUCAGUUGAGCGGAGGACAGAAGCAGAGAAUUGCAAUUGCUCGAGCGCUCGUGCGCUGCGCUAUGGCUGCAAUGGUCCAAUCUGCAUCCACUUUGGGCAGCAAUAUCAUUAUGUCCUUUGUGGGUGGCUGGGAGCUGACACUGGCAAUAUUCGUGUUAGUCCCAAUCAUUGCAGUGAGUGAAACUUUAAAAGUGAAGAUAUUGGCGGGAAAAGCAGCCAAGGAUAUGAAAACGUUUGAGACGGCUGGAAAGAUUGUUACCGAAGCCAUCGAGAAUAUUCGUACAGUUGCAUCUCUGACCAGAGAACCAGAGUUUGAAUUACUUUAUGAAAAAAAGGUCCAGGUUUCAUACAGAAAUUCACAGAUAACUGCCCAUGUGUCUGGUUUGGUCUUCUGCAUAUCCCAAGCUGUGGUUUGCUUUGGUUAUGCAGGAUGUUUCGCCUUUGGAGCUUGGCUUGUUGUGCAUGGGUGGAUGGAUGUUAAGGCAGUACUUCUAGUCAAUCAAGCAAUUAUAUCUGGCUCAAUAGCUGCAGCACAGGCUCAGUCCUUUACUUCAAACUACACAGAUGCCAAAAUAUCAGCUGCUAACAUUAUGAGGCUCCUGAACACAGAGCCUGCAAUUGACAAUCUCUCACAAGAGGGACAGUCAUUGGACCAGUUUGAUGGAAAUGUGCACAUGGAUGGUGUUAAGUUUAACUACCCCUCACGGCCCAAUGUGCCCAUUCUCCAAGGGCUGAAUUUAAAGGUGAGCAAGGGAGAGACAUUGGCGCUGAUAGGAAGUAGCGGCUGUGGAAAAAGCACUGCCAUCCAACUUCUGGAGAGAUUCUACGACGCCUCCCAAGGGAAUGUGAUGUUGGAUUCUGUUAAUGUGAAAGAACUGAACAUCCAUUGGCUGAGGUCUCAGAUAGGCAUUGUGUCCCAGGAACCUGUACUUUUUGACUGCAGCAUAGCUGAAAACAUUGCAUAUGGAGACAACACUCGGACUGUUACCAUAGAGGAGAUUCAGGCCGCUGCUAAAGCAGCCAAUAUUCACAGCUUCAUUGAAGCUUUGCCAAAGAAGUUUGACACUAAGGCAGGUGACAGGGGGACCCAUUUGUCCGGUGGGCAGAAACAACGAAUAGCCAUAGCCCGAGCCAUCCUUUGUAACCCCACACUGUUGCUUCUUGACGAGGCCACGUCUGCACUUGACACUGAGAGUGAGAUGGUGGUACAAGAGGCCUUGGACAAAGCCAGGCAGGGCAGGACGUGUAUCGUCGUAGCACACCGUCUGUCCACCAUCCAAACCGCAGACUCCAUUGCUGUCAUUGAGGGAGGGGUAGUGGUUGAACAAGGGACACACCAGCAGCUACUUGCCAAAAAGGGAAUGUACCACACAUUUGUCACCACUCAGAUGGGCCAUGGGAGGAAAUGA